AUGAUUGUAACAAUACUUGGAUUUCAGAAUUUGAUGGUUCAGCCUUGGUAUAUCAUUCCAUACAAAAAUGAUACAAUUAAGAGAUUCUUAUGCAAAGGAUGGUCAUGUGAAGCCUCAAAUUAUAAACCUCAUCAAUUGGAUGAAUUUGAUGACGUAAUAAACUCAUAUAUCAAUGGAACAUAUGAAUCCAAUUUAGAGAGAAAACUUAUACAGUUUAUAUCACGAGGUUAUUAUCCUGCUUAUUGCGCUGCAGGAUUAUUUGCUAUGACUGGAUUGGGAAACUUCACACAAAAUCUUACAAGAUCAUACAUAAUGCUAAAUAAAGGAGCUGAGUAUGGCUUAUGGUCAUGCUUUGAUACCUUGACUUUUCAUCCAUUUACAGAAAAUCCAUUCGAAUUCUCCAAAAUUGCAAUGAAAUAUGGAGGUGUCUGGUCAACAAUAUACUAUGCAUUAGAAAAUAUUAAACAAAAUGGAGAUGCUAUGGAAUCAUUAGAAAUUUUAUCUCAUGUUGAAACAGGAGCUACAUCUGGAUGGUGGAAGAAGCGUAGAAGUGGAAAAGCUUAUGCAAAUGCCUUAAGCGUCAUCAUGAAUAUGACUGAAGGAAAUGUUCAAGAAUCAUGGGAAACAAUGCUAAAUCUAUCUAGAGGAAGUAACUUACCAGCAGCAUUAUGGGUUGCUGAUGGAUACAAAACUGGUGAAAUUGGCCGAGUAGAUCCAAAAGAAGGUGUUAAAAAUUUGAUACCAUACUUAAGCACAGGACCAUGGAGAAUAGAUGUCGCCUCAAUCAUUGAAUCUAAUGAAACUGUUAACAAGACACUUUUAUUUGAUAUUGCCUCUAAAAUCGGAAAUAAUUAUGCUCAAGCCAUCUCAAGCUUCCCACAGAUAUACUAA